CCCGCUCUCCGGAAGUGGGUCCAGAGCGGGCGGCUAGAGCGGCGGGACCCGCGGGGUGGGACGGGCCGGCCAUGGAGAACGAGCAGAGCUUCUCGGAUAUCUGCGGCGGCCGCCUGGCCCUGCAGCGUCGCUACUACUCCCCGUCCUGCCGGGAGUUCUGCCUCAGCUCCCCUCGGCUCUCGUUGCGCUCACUCACCGUGGUCACCAGCACCGUGUGGUUAGCGGCCUACGGACUCUUCACUGUCUGCGAGAACAGCGUGGUCCUCUCUGCUGCCAUCUUCAUCACCCUCUUAGGCCUGCUUGGAUACCUCCAUUUUGUGAAGAUUGAUCAGGAGACUCUGUUAAUCAUUGAUUCCCUUGGCAUCCAGAUGACUUCAUCCUAUGCCUCUGGCAAAGAAAGUACCACCUUCAUUGAGAUGGACAAGGUGAAAGAUGUUAUUAUUAAUGAGGCUAUUUACAUGAAGGUGAUUUACUACCUCUGCAUUUUAUUGAAGGAUCCGGUGGAACCACAUGAAAUAUCCCAAGUAGUACCUGUCUUCCAGAGUGCGAAGCCCCGGCUGGACUGCUUGAUUGAAGUGUACAGAAGCUGCCAGGAGAUCCUGGCACACCAGAAAGCCCCAUCCACAAGCCCACAAGCACACCAGAAAGCCCCAUCCACAAGUCCCAGCAUUCAGAAGGCUAGUAUUGUCUCCCGUGGGAAAUGACUCCUAAGCCCUGGGGGCUGGUGUGUUUUCUGUAUUCUAAACCAUCAGGUGGACACUCUCCUAGAAACGUGGAUGGAUGCAGUGGAUCUCAGCCAUGAGCAGGUCACUGGAAACCCAACUCAUUGUGUGACGUGAGCAAAGUAUUUCUGUAUAUGUCAUGGUCCCCUUGUAAGGUUUUGCCUACUUUACCAACUGAGGGGAGACCUUAAGAAACGAUAUGUCAAAAGUUAUGUCAACAAAGAACACUGUGAAAUUCCUAAGCACACUCAAGUUUACUUUUUGUUGAAAUUUGUGGAGCAAGACAAUGAGAAACUGACAUCAGAUCUCUUGAGAAAGACGAUUUCCCACUGCUGUAUAAAAGUUAAGAAAUAAAGUCAAGCCUUUCAGAUACUGGUUAGCAGGAAGAAAUUUCCUACAAAAGACACUGUCCACUUAGCUCCUGUAUCUGUACAGGGCUAAUUUAUGAUAACUCUCUUAUUAGGUUGGUGCAAAAGUAAUUGUGAGGGUGGCCAGUUAGCUCAGUUGGUUAGAGCCUGCUGCUAAUAAUACCAAGGUUGCUGGUUCAAUCCCCAU